AUUUGCGCUCCAAUUUAGGUUUCUGUUUGGUGUACUUAAGCAUGUUUAUGUAAACAUUAUCAAAUAUUUUUUUUUAUUGUCUUUAUAUAAUUAAUCACUUCCUCGUUUUAGUCAUCUCUAUAUUGUGAGAUAUCUAAGACGUGUACAAUUUUUACAUUUCUGUUUGUUAUUCGUUUUUAAGAAAGAAAAUUCUUUUAACGGAAAUUUUAAAGACGUAUGUUUAAAUUGUUUAUUUACUAUUGUCCUCAGAAAAAGAAUUACUUAUGAUCGAGCAGCAACGUAUAAAGUGUCCGGGUUCUUUUAACUGGAGACCAUUGAUAAGAAAACCAGAAUUUUCUGCAGCUCCUGUUUCAUGUUUCAAACAUGUUGCUCUUUCCAAUUGUUGGGAUCGGAUAGUCGCUGGAGUAAUGGUGGAAGUUAGAAGCCCUGACUGCAAAACUUGCUGCACGACUACACCUUGCUCUUAUUGGAUAGCAUCAGUUGUUAAAGUGUCUGGCUAUUGGGGCCUGUUACGCUAUGUAGGUGCAGAGGACUUUACUGUAAGAUACAACCACUUACGUGAUAAAUGGGUUAACCUAUGUACGCAUCCUCAUAUUCAUCCCAUUGGCUGGUGUGCAAAACACAGAAAACCUCUUGUGCCCCCAAAAAGUCUUGAAAACUUAGUUGACUCUUGGUCAAGUUACUUGUUAAAGAAAAUGGUGGGUGCCAAAACAAUACCUUCUGAUUUCGCUUUUAAGAUUGAAGAAAACAUGCAUAAUACUCUUAAAAAAGGAAUGAAGUUGGAAGUUGUUGAUAAAAAUUUGAUAUCUGCUGUUAGGUCUGCUGAAGUGACCGAAGUAGUGGGUGGAAGAUUACAUGUUAAAUAUACAGAAAGUGAUAAUCUUGAUGAAGGAUUUUGGUGCCAUGAACGAUCUCCUUUAAUACAUCCUGUUGGCUGGGCCCAAAUCAUUGGUCAUGACUUGAAAGCUCGACCAGAAUAUGCCCGAAAAUCACUAAAGAAAACCUUGUAUCGCACUUUUAAACCUGACGAUGCUACCUGGGAUAUGUUUCUCCCGGUGUACAAUCCAUCCAAAAAGUUAUACUUCAAAAAGGGAAUGAAAUUAGAAGCCAUUGAUCCAUUAAAUCUUUCUACCAUUUGUGUGGCAACAGUUACUAAAGUUUUGAGGAACAACUAUUUGAUGAUUGGUAUUGAUGGAAUGAUGGCUGCUAAUGGAUCUGACUGUUUUUGUUAUCAUGCAUCUUCACCUAGUAUUUUUCCUGUUGGAUUCUGUGAGUCGAAUGAAAUAGAACUUACUCCUCCAAGAGGGUACAAAGGAGAAUUUAUAUGGUCUGAGUAUUUGAAGAAAACUAAAUCAGAUGCUGCUCCAGUAGAACUCUUUCAUAGACCUUUGCCUAAUCAUGGUUUCAAAGCUGGAAUGUAUUUGGAAGCUGUUGAUCUCAUGGAACCUCGAUUGAUAUGUGUUGCUUAUGUGACACAGGUUGUAGGCCGUCUUCUAAGGGUUCAUUUUGAAGGUUGGGAAGAUGACUAUGACCAAUGGUGUGACUGUGAGAGCCCAGACUUGUUUCCCAUUGGUUGGUGUGAAAUUUUAAACUACAAGCUUGAACCCCCUCGGACGGAUGGUACUGAAGAAAAAAAGAAAAAGAAGAAGAAAACUUUGACAAAAAAGAAGAGGAGAAAAUUUCGAUCUAAAAAAAGUGCUGAUGACUCUCCACCUAUGCCUAAGUUAAAACAGCUUGAAACUCCUCCUGAAAUUGUAAAAAGACCUUCAAGAAGUGCAAGACCCUUAAUUAAUCUGGAAGAAUAUACUUCAGAAUCUGAUGAGUAGUUUGUAGCUUCCAAGGUUGAAAAGUGCUUUAUAAUGUUUCAUCUUCUCAUGUUCAGCUGAAUAUCUCAUUUAUGUUUAAGCAUCUUCAAUUGUAAAUAUGUGUUUUACUGUACAUUUUAAUAAAUUAUGAAAAACUUUUUUAAGAUGUAAAUAAGAAAAGUUUUAAAUAAAAUGUAUAUUGUUGUAA